AUGGCCAAAUUCAGCGCGUACCUCUCGGAUUCUGACGAAGAUGAGCAACUAGAAGAAGACAUUCCGACGAAAACCGAUUCAAGCCAUGAACAACGCGAUGUCAUCGAACCCGACCAGCUCAGCGCCGAAGAAGAGUCGAGCUCAAGUUCUGACUUGCAAGAGGAUGAACUUCGAAUGCGAGGCCGAGAAGAUUCAUCCUCUGAACACGAAGACGAUGAGGAGGAAGAUGACUAUGAGGAUCGCGAAGAUGACCGCGAAGAAGACAGACGUGUUUUUACGUCGCGCGGAGAUCCCACUCUUACAGCUCGAGCUCGAAAUGUUGGUGUCGACCCACAGAGAAUGCACGUCAUGCAGACUUCGCUUUUCCGUCUCCCAGAAGAGGCAGCUGCUUUGAAAGCUCUUUCUCAACCUCAAGCUAGUAGGGCUCUUAGCUUACGGUCACCAACCAAAAAACAACAGUUGAGCCGGAAACACAGUCGGGAUUCAGAGGGUGAUACUUUCCGUUUGGACGCCAGGGAGAGAGCAUCGUUUGCUCAUGACGUCGACGUACCCCCGCUUCAACGGCCCUCGAGGAAAUAUACAAGAGUCGCAGUAGAUUCUUCGUCUUCUAUCGCAGCCGAUGCUGAGGAUGGUCUUGUGGAUGCGGGAUUGGCCUUCGGAAGGAGUUUCCGUGUUGGAUGGGGGCCAGGUGGUAGUUUAGUGCAUCUCGGGUCGCUUUGCAAUCCAUGGAGUUCUGUGCCCAAUACUACUUCAAACACGUCCAUAAUAUCACUAACAAAAGUCCCGCUUCUUUCCACCGGAAAUCUCGACCUCAGUUCCCCAGCUGCCGUUUUAUCUUCCAAACUUCUACAGCACCAUCUUUCCCACUCGCCUAUAACACCCGAUGACUCCGGUGUCCCGUUUGCCUCACCCUCACCCGAUGCGCUCCAUUUCUCUUCCUUCGCCUCGCUAUUUCCUCUCACAGACCACUCCUUUGCGGCCACCCUCUUUAGAUUGGGCGAGGCGUUGUUCGAUCACUUGGACAUGGGAAUACGGCAAGAUGUAAUCGACCCCGCAAUUCGGAACAGAAUAUCACUAGUCGCGCGUAAAGCUCGUGUUUCUAGGUGGCUAGAAGAUACAGUAUUACCAGUUGUGGAAGUGGAAUUACGUUCGCCUUCGAGGUCCUCGUCACGGAACGCUCUAGCCCUAUCACAGACAUUCACUCUUUUAACAGCCAAUCAGGUCUCUCGAGCGUGUGAUAUGGCGGCUGACGCAGGGUACAUAAAACUAUCCACUCUCGUCGCCCAAGCUGGGGGGGACCUUGAGUUCAAAGAGGACUUAAAAGAACAGUUGUCGAUAUGGAAAGAGGAGAAGGUGGACGGUCUUAUUGAAGAAGGUGUACGGAAGAUUUAUGGUCUGCUUGCUGGUUUGCUUGGGAGGGACGAGGAGGGCGUCGUGUCUGGCGUGGACGUGCUGAAGGGUUUGGACUGGAAACGUGUCUUUGGAGCAUUCCUAUGGUUUGCUGAACCCGAGGAUGCAACCGUUAGAGAUGUCUUUGAGGCGUAUAACGCUAUGGCCUUUCCUCGUGAACCCGGGGGCAAGGAGGUCGUUCGUCCGAUUCCAUGGUACAUUGAGAAACCCCCGCAGGCUUCGGAGACGCAAAGGUGGAAAACACCAGCCCCACCUUCACCGUCAUCAUCAUUCUCACUAGCAUUGCCCAUCCCCAACGUCGACGCCCAUUUCUCCUUACUUCAACUCCAUUCCAAUCCCUCACUCUCACUCUCCCAAUCAUCGCUUCUCAGACCUCGGUCGUUUGGACCGUCGCCACUGGAUUUUGCGUUGCCAUGGCAUUUCUAUAUUGUUCUUUCUCGAGUCCUGAGAGCGAGGGAUUUCGGUGAUCGGGGAGAAGCUGGGCUAAAGAAUAUAACUGCAAAUGAUGAGCAAGACGAGGAAUCAGAACCUGAUCUCGUUGAAGGACAUAGCCCAAGUGCAGAUCUCCUUGCAAGCAGCUAUGCCUACCAAUUGGAGCAGCUGGGAAUGAUACAGGAAGCGACAUUCGUGUUAUUACAUCUUGAAGGUAGUUUCGGUCGCCAGAAGGCAAUCAAGGACCUUCUAAACCGAUCUGCUGAAAAGUUGGAUGAAUGGAUGACCAGAGGUCUCGUGGGUAGCUUGAAGAUUCCAGUAAAUUGGAUUCACGAAGCGAAGGCUCUUCACACACUUUCCCGUGGUGCAUUCCAUGAUGCCUACGAACUGUAUCUCCAAGCUGGAAUGUAUAAUCAAGCUCAUGACAUCGCGGUUCUGGAAAUUGCUCCCGAUGGAGUUAUUCGUAGGGAUCUGGAGAUGUUGAAGGACAUCUUUGAGCGAUUGACAGGUGCCGGUGGGGAAGCUAAAGGCAUUGAAGCAUGGAAUUUGCGGGGCAAGCUAUUCCUGGACUAUGUUACCAUCCUCACACGCCUCCCAAUUCUCCUUGAUGAUUUAUCAUUGGACAAUGCUGUCCCGGAUGCUGUACAGCUUUCAGAGGUUGAGAAACUCGUGCAAGGUAUACCAAAAAUGAUUGGACUGCUCCCUGAUGCGCUAUGUCGCAGUGUAAAGGUUGAUGGGGGGAAACAUGCGGUUGCUUUAGGAGAGAUGACGGGAGCACUCGUCCGGAUGAGGGAUAGAGCUGAGGGUGUUUUGGGAAGUGCAAAGGGACCAACGACUCAGCCGCCUUCACUACAUCUAAUGCAACUCAGCUUGAUGGAUGACGCGACAAAACUACACCAUUUACGAGCCUCGUCCUCUGCGAGAUUUCUGAAAAGUAUAUCAUGUAUUUCCUGA